UAACAGGCGACCAGCAUAAAAAGCGACACCAAAAUAAUUGCUUUAGAUCAAAUAUAUACUCUUUUUUCUGGAAUAGUUGUAUAAAAACAAAUUCAAACUGUUCGACAACGGCCUCAAGUUGGAUAUAUCCAGCUAUUCCCAUAUGAAUAUCCGCAUGAGUACGAAGGGCAAGCGUCCAUUACGGAGCUUGACCCCGAGUGAUAAAAUCCAUGCCAUUCAGCGAAUACACGACGGAGAGUCCAAAGCCUCGGUGGCUCGUGAUAUUGGAGUUCCGGAAUCCACUUUACGUGGUUGGUGUAAAAAUGAAGACAAGCUACGCUUCAUGUCACGUCAAACUGAUAAAAUAACGGCCGACUCAUUAGCAGAAAAACUGGGAGCAUCAGCGGCAAUGCUUCCAGAAAAGCGCCAAAAGUUGGAUGGUGGCUCGCUACCGUACAAUUAUUCAAAUAAAAUUAAAUAUGAUGAACUGGUGUACAAAAGAUCUCAACUAAAUGGCCCAGACUAUAGUUCAAACAAAAGUUUGUCAGAGCUUGGAUUCAAUGGUUUGUCCUCAGACUAUAUUGCUUUCAGUAAUGCUGCCAAAAAUAAGGUAUUUGCUGCUGAUAUAUCACGACAAGCAGAUCCAGCUAUUGCUGCCAUAACCCCACUUAAUAGUCUAUCUCAUCUCUCGGGACUAUCUGGCUUGGCUCAAUCCCCUCUUGCAAUUAGUUUUAAUGAACUUACAUCAAAUUUAAAUUUGUUAGCUCACCUAAAUCCUGGAUUAGCAGCAAUGUCUGGAAUAAAUGGAUUGGCGGCCACGGCAAGCACUUUGCGUAAUGUGAAAACAAAGCCCCAGCCCCAAUUACAAAGUCCUCAUAGUGAAUGCGGAGAUCGGCAGCAGGGAUUAUCUGUCAAAAAUUGGGCGAAACAAAAAUCUCCAACACCUACUUCCGCUGGAGAUUCCAAUUAUGGAUUAAACUUAUGCCAAAAUGAUGAUAACAAUAAGAAUAAAAUUAAAUGUCCUAGUCCAUCGCUCGCGCCAUCACUCGGAAAUUGUGUACCAUCACUAACAACACUAUCUGAUGAUCCGUUGCUAUAUUGGUUAAAAUCCCAACAGGCAAUGUUGGGACUAAGUAACAUCUACCCAGUACCAACAGCUCCCCCAAUUGGGGCUUCCAGCCCUCCGAUACGUUCUCCAACACCGCAACAAUCAGCAAGACUCCAUAUCAACACAUCAUUGAAUGCUUCCGCGCCUUUGACUCCAUCCUCGACACCCUCCGCUAGUCUGGAUGAUAAGAAUGCUGCAUGGUUUAACUGGUGCAAAGCCCUGGGGGCUAGCCUUAACUCGCUAGCGCCAGCAGCAGCGGCCGUUCUUCACAGUACUCCCAUGCAUCAACAACAAACUUCUUCUAAUGUAAGCAUUCCGACAAACAGCGAAACUGCCACAUCUACGACAAAUUUGACCUCCCAAAAAACACAUCUGGAAAACAUUCUCUUUACCCAGCUAACUAAAAAUGUUGAUAGCUCUCCAAUAGAAGGCUCUAUCGCAAUAAACAAUACUCAUUGUAGUGGCAUUCAAAGUGCGGACUCUACGAAUAAACCCGAAGAUCUAUCAGCUAAAACGAUAACAAAUAUGUCUGCACCAUCUUCUCCAAUUUCAACACCACCAGGUGGCAGUUCAUCACCCAGGCCAAAUACAGAAGAAAGCCUAGUCCCAACUCCAGUACAUAGCCCGAAUGAUCUAUCUAUGGCUAAUGCUCCCAACUCACCGUUCUACGACGAAAGGGAGGAAGAUGGGGUUACUAGUAUAGCAGAAUGCAAAGACGUUUUGGAUAACUUGUUAUACAAAAUCAAUAACAACCCCUCGGUGGCAUCACUUAGCAAAGCAACAACUCCGACAAGUGAAAGCCCAGAGGCGGAUGGGUGCACCAGUGAGUCAAAUGCUAGCUAUACAAGCGACAAUAAUCGGAUAAACAGCGAUGACAAUGUCAACAACAAUCAUUCCAAUAAAUCAGAUGAAGAAGAACGCUUGAAAGUUUUCGAAUUCAAUAACAAAGGCGGUAACUCUGAAGCUAUAGAACAUGGUGAGAAGUUCCUUAAGUGGUUAGAAAAUUGCAGCAAUCCUCGAAUCACAGCAUCACAUUUAAUGCAAUUGAGAUUUCUUAUCUCAGCUUUAAAAUCGAAUUGCGAACCUAACACGGAAAACUGUAUAGAUGACACCAAAGAAAGAAGAUCCGAAAGUUCUAAUGCAACUGGAGUGACUAUUGUAGAGGACAAUAAUCGUAUGAACAAAGUACGUCGUCGCAAAUAGGAACAACCAAGAUUAAGAGGGAAAAAGGAAAAUUCA